AUGGAAGGAAAUAUAUCUUCGAAAUCUCCGGAACCGCCACAACCAACAACCCAAGCCCGAACCCGAACCCAAUCCACCCUUUCGGGCCUCGGCAACCUCAUAAAGCUCCUUCCAACCGGCACCGUUUUCUUGUUCCAAUUCCUAAACCCUCUCUUAACCAACAAUGGCCAUUGCAAUGUCACAAACAAAUGCUUCUCGGCUAUACUAAUCGCAAUCUGCGCUUUCUCUUGCUGCUUUGCCUCGUUCACCGACAGCUACACGAACGAGCAAGGGCACACGCAGUAUGGCAUAGCCACGAAAAACGGGCUUUGGCCCAAAACAUCUUCCGAACGAGACCUUUCGAUUUAUAGGCUCGUGCUCGGAGACUUUGUGCACGCGUUUUUCUCGCUGGUUGUUUUUCUUGUGCUGGCCCUUUUGGAUCCGAACUCGGUGGAGUGCUUUUACCCGUCGUUCGAGUCUACGCGGAAGGUUCUGCUCAUGGUUUUGCCCUCGGUUUUAGGGACUGUCUCGAGUUCGAUUUUCGUUUUGUUUCCGAAUAAACGUCAUGGGAUUGGGUAUCCGUUUAGACAUAACAGAGAUUAG